CCCCCCCCCUCUCUCUCCUCUCUCCCGUUCAAAGUCGUCGUCUUGCUCUCGAGCUGCUUGAUUCGAUUCUUAUCAAUCCACCAUCCUCCGUAGCUGCAGGUCCGAUCGUGGCGGUUAUGCCAUCGGCAGCGCUGGCUGCCACGCCGGACUCUCCGUCGCCGUCGCCGCACCACUACCGCGGCCGGUUACGCUCGCCGCUGGCAAACGGCGGCACCAAGGGGAACUUCGAGCUCCGGCACUGGCGCACGCCGCUCAAGCGGGCUCCGUCGUGCCCCCCGCCGGGGAUCGAGAUACCCAGCAACGACGACGAUGGCAGCGGGAACGGGUACACCAGCCUCCGGGACAUCCUAGCGUCGCCGCGGUACACGGGGGCAGGGAGCUCACCGGCGGCCUGCGUCAUCGGUGGCGCCGGCAGCUGUGGGGACAUACACAUGAUACGCCACCCGCUGGUAAAACACGCGGCGUACGCGUACCUGCAGAUGACGCCGUCGGCGAGGGAGGACCCAACCCGCCGGAACCGGCGCUGGCGCGGCCCGCUCUGCCGCCUCCUGUUCGGCUGCCUCAGCUUCAUCGGAGCACUCUUCCGGCCGUGACUUCUCCUGACGGCGCACCUCCAUGCGGUUCUUGUUGCACCUCCGUGAAUUCUCUUUGAUUUCUCUUUUCUUCUUUUCUUUUGUGCGAUUAGAUUCUUUUGUAGAGUUUGCCGGCUUAUGUUUGGGUUGUAAUUUGUGUGAAUAAUUUGGUAGGAUUAGACACAAAGAGGAAUGAUAGCAACAAGAGAAAUGAUUAAUGUCA